UGAAAUUUGAAUUAGUUUGAAUUUUGUGUACCAUGCCUUUAAGCGACGCAGAUUGUGUGGCUACUUACAAAAUUCUUAUUCUCGGAGACUCUUCUGUCGGCAAAACUGCGUUACUGAGAUGCUUAACUGGCCGAGAAUUCCAAGACAGACAACUCCCAACCAUUGACUUUGUGAAAAAAAAGUUUGAGGUUGACGGUUGCACUGUUGAACUACAGAUAUGGGAUACCGCAGGUCAGGAGAGGUUUCACUCGGUCAACAGGUGGGCAGUAUCAGGGAGUAAAGGGGGGCGUUGUCAGGGGUUUUAUGACGUCACGGAUAAAUCAAGUUUCUCUUUACCAUACUGGCUGAGUAGUAGCGUUAAUGACGUAAUUUCGCAAACACAUAACAAGUAUGAAGUUGUACCAAUUGUGUUAAUUGGCAACAAGAGUGACCUUCAAACUGACAGGAAGAUCAAAACCAAGGAAGGAAGGAAGCUGGCUGAGAAAGAACUGACAUCAGAUUUCUAUGAAACAAGUGCUAAAACUGGACAAAAUGUGUUCAACGCAUUCCACAAGUUGGCUUAUUGUGUCACCGAAAUAUGCAAUCCAAAUGUGAUGAAGAGCUACUAUCCAAAUAUGAUUAGGGAACAACCGUCUUUAGCAGUAACUGUACCCGAAACCAGAAACGUAUCCUGUUGUCAAGCAAACAUGACCAAAAACGUCGUAACAAUCGAAUGGCGAAAUAAUGUGUCAAAAUCUGCAAAUGAUGUGAAAGAAAGAAGUGCUUUAAGUGGAAAUCAAAGAAAUUGA